AUGUAAGAGCUGCUUGAUAGCAGUUUCAUAUUUAUUGGAUAAAAAUUUAGCUAGGAGUACACGCAUAUUUUAUCCACCAACUUGGCAAUAUAUAAUGGGGGCCUAGCUAGAGAGAGUUACUACUCAUCUUUGGUCAUAAUAUCCUCUCUCCUACUGGUCUUGAAAGAGAAUUGAAGGCAAUGGAGGAGAGAAGAGCUAGGUUUCUUAUGGUGGUUUUUGUGGUGUUGGGCAUGGCUGUAGGGCAGUGUACUGCUGCUUCUUUCAGUGACUGCUACAAGGGUUGCUUCCUUCUAUGUGUAAUUACUCCUGGUAAUUCUCUCUGUUCAUGUGGUAGUAAGUGCUUGAAAGAUUGCAUCUUUCCAUCUUCCAUCACAUCUUUAAGUGGCAAAGAACAAACCCAUUACUUCUGCAAGUUUGGCUGUGCUUCCUCUUUGUGUACCAAUCUCAGCACCAAACAAGACCCUGGGGAAAAGAAAGUGGCAAGCUGUGUGGAUUCUUGCUCAAGCAGAUGCUCCAAGAACUUCUCACCAUGAAGAUCUUGGGGGUUUGAAGAUUUGUGUGUGGUUUACUAUGAAUGAGUAUCAUCAUAGAAAAAUAAAUAAAACCCACUAUAGAUCUUGGAUUAAUUUGUGUUUGAUCUCUCAAUCACGUUGCCAAGUUUCAUGAAAAAUGAAGGAUUAUAUAUAUCUAUGCAUGGCAAAUACAACGUAUUGUAGCAGAUUCAGUAGCUGUGUUCUUGGUGCCCUCUUAUAUUAUAACCAUAACCUUUUUUUAUUUAUUUUA